AUGAAUUUGACAGAUAUACCUCACUCGGGACGCCAAGCAACGAUCUACAGGUAUACGAAAGAUCCCUUGCCUACAAAGGCAGAACGUGUUUCGUUUCCAGUAGAGCAUGUUUAUUAUUGCCAUUCUAACGAACCAUCGGCAGCGAUAAGCUCCCUCUCAGCGUACUUCCUCGUCUUCUCAUGCCUCACAGCCGCUGCACUGGCCCAGACGGUCUGGAUCACUGCGCCUGCUGGGUAUGACUCCUUCUCACCCGGAGAAAACUUCACGGUGCAAAUCACCAGACCCCAAGAGAUGAGCGGCGCCGACGAAGUUGCGAUCGUAAUCGCACUCGAGUCGUGCGCGGGCUGGACCGGUGGCUGCGCCGAGUACGAUGUCACGCAGGUGCUCGGUACGGUCCUCUACCAGGGACCGUACGCGCCUGUCUUCCAGACGCCCGGCGAGGCGCCGUACCAAAACUUUACCGUACAGGUGCCAUCGUACAUGGCUGCUGGACAGGCCUCGCUGUCGUGUUCUCGCUUUGCUCUCCUCGGGGGGGGGCUGUACCCGAAUCUUGAAGUGAAAAACAUCACGCUUGACGUCAUUUAA